CCAAUACCAUCGUCAUCGUCAUCGCUCGCAGCAGCUUCGUCCCGCAAGCGACCAAACUCGCCGUCGGCUUCCUCUCCACAGCAGCCUUCUGAUCAUGUCGCUAGCCCGCUUGCUCCUGGCUCGGCUCCGCCGGCAAAGAAGGCCAAGAUGAUCGACGGCUCGGCUGCACCGGCUGAUAGCAACGACAGCGGCACGGCCGAUCUGCCGCUGGCGAGCGAUGGUUCUGAACAGUCUCCCAUCAGCCCUGCCCAUGCAUCAGCCUCACCAGCGGCAGCUGCGCCGCCGCUGGCUGCCGCCAAUCUCGAGACGACCAGCAAGACAAACGGUGGCUUCGGGAAGCGGACCAAGGCCAUGCGCAAGGCGAUGGUCAAGGACCGCUCCAAUCAGGUCUGCGUCUUGUUUGUCGGCCGCGGCAGCUGCCGUUUCGGCGACAAGUGUAACCGCUCGCAUGACCUGGCAAAGUGGAUGGCCGAGCAUCGCAGAGACGACGCUCCGGGCUCAUGCCCUCUGUUCGAGGCCUACGGCUUCUGCCGCUUUGGCCUCACCUGCCGAUGGGGCCGCGGCCACGUCGAGGACGACGGUGUGACCAACAAGAACCUUGCCGCCCAGGUUGACGCCUUUCCCGAUGAGUGCAACGAGGUCCCGCUCAAGGUCUUCCACGCCCUCCGCCGCCGCAAGCUCGACCUGCGCCGUGCCAAGGCUGCCCAGGCCGAGGUCAAGGCCGCCGCCGCCGCUGCAGAGACCGGGCCCGGUGAGUUUGACUUUCCCGCCGCCCGCGCCAAGGUCACCGGCCUCCCUUUUGACGACGUUCGCAAGCGCAUCGACUUUAGCAACAAGCUUUACCUAGCCCCGCUCACUACCGUCGGCAACCUGCCGUUCCGCAAGGUCGCCGUCGACAUGGGCGCCGAUGUCACCUGCGGCGAGAUGGCCAUUGCCUCGUCGCUCCUCCAAGGCCGCCGCACAGAGUGGUCGCUCCUCCGCCGCCACAAGGCAGAGUCCAUCUUUGGCGUCCAGAUCGCCUCGGGCUACGUCGACCAGUUUGCCAAGGUCUGUACCGCCAUGCGUGCCGCGGAGCUCAACGUCGACUUUGUCGACAUCAACGCUUGUUGCCCGCUCGACAUGGUCGUCAACAAGGUCAUGGGCUCUGGCCUCCUUGCCCGCCGCAAGCGCAUCAUCUCGCUCGCUCGCGUCGGCGCCACCAUGCUCGACGUCCCGCUCACAUUUAAGCUCCGUCUCGGCAUGGAUGAGCCCAUGGUCCAUACCCUGCUGCCGGAGCUGGCCGCCGCCGGCGUCGCCGCCGUCUCCAUUCACGGUCGCACCCGUGCACAGCGCUACACGCAGCAGGCAUCAUGGGACUACAUGAUCGAGACCGCAAAGGCUGCAGACCUGCCUGUCAUCGGCAACGGCGACCUGUACUCGUACGAGGAGCUCGAUGCGUACAUGAACCAGCCGGGCCUCACCUCGGUCAUGGUCGGCCGCGGCGCCCUCAUCAAGCCAUGGAUCUUCACAGAGCUCAAGGAGCGCCGCCACUGGGACAUCUCGUCAUCGGAGCGCUUCGACAUCCUCCGCUCCUUUGCCAACGAGGGCCUCAAGCAUUGGGGCUCAGACUCGCAGGGCGUCGAGACCACGCGCCGCUACAUGCUUGAGUGGCUCUCGUUCCUCUACCGCUACGUCCCUGUCGGCUGCCUCGAAGUCCUCCCACAGCACAUGGCCCUCCGCCCGCCGGCCUUUGUCGGACGCAACGAGCUCGAGACUCUCCUCGCCUCCGACAACGCAGCAGACUGGGUCCGCAUCACAGAAAUGCUCCUCGGCCCGGCUCCGGCCUCGUUCACCUUUGUGCCCAAGCACAAGUCCAACGCCUGGUCCACUACCGCAAACGCCUGAUUGUCGCAGUCGCAGAGUGCCUCAUUUACCGCUACGCUCUCGCACGCACCAUCGACGGCGGCCGAGCCGCCGUGCACGCCAUCAUCGAGCUGCGCGGCUAACGGCUAAGGCCGGCCGCUCGCGGAUGCCGCCAGCUGCUGCAUCCAUUUGGGCGUGGCAGGCUCGCGCCGGCCCUUCUUGCCCUUCUUCUUGCCCUUCUUGGUAUCCGACGAGAUGGCCUCGUUCAUCUCCUGCCGCGCCUCGACCACUGCCCGGAACUGCGCGUCGAGCUGUGGCUCAGUCGCGAGCAUCUCGGCACACAUUUCGCGCGUCAGCUCGAGCACCUGCAUCGCCGUUCGCGCACGCACGUUGGCCCGCGCUUGAGGUUGGCAAACAGCGCCAUCUCGCCGAAGAACUGGCCCUGGUUGAGCGGAAUCUUGACUCCGUUCGGGAGCUCGACCUCGGCCACCCCGCGCACAAUGAAGAACAUCGAGUGGCCCUCGUCGCCCUUCUUGAUGAUGAGCUCGCGCGCCGAGAACGUCCGCUCCCGGAGAUGCUGCAGCAUGUCGGAAAUAAACCGCUGCGGG